UGGAAUCGUGGCCGUCAUUCCACAAUAGGCCUCCAACAGACCAAGUCCGAGAACAGCGAAGAAUUAUUACGUGCGAGUAAUUUCGAUUUUGCUGUGAAACAGUUUAAUUUUAUCUGUAAAACAAUUUAAUUGUAUCUGUAAAAAUGCAUAAAUAACGACGACGCAACAGGAUACGUGCUCUUCAUGUGCGGUACCGUAAUUUGUAAAUAGAAGGAUAUGAUAUCGAGGCGAUCGUCCACGUCAAAAUGAACAGUUGAUUUGACACUUCGGAAGAUAUCAUGGGGAAAGCGAAGGAAAAUAAUUUGAAAGUUGAGAGGAGCGAAGAUGUGACAAAAAAAUCAAAACUCUGGGCUUAUUUAUUGUGGUUGUUUGGUGGGCUUUUCGGAGCACAUCAUGUAUACAUUGGCAGGGACGAUCAGGCAUUUUUGUAUAUCAGCACGUUCGGUGGCUACUUGGGUUUCGGCUGGCUCAGAGACAUUUAUCGGAUACCCUCGUAUGUGGCCGACGCGAACAAUGAUCCGGUGUUCAUCGAGGAUUUUAAGCGAAAAGUCAGAGCUAAUCGAAAGCCGCCGUUUUCUACGAUGCGAUUUACAGCGGAAGUCGCCGUCGCCUAUUUAUGGGCCGAACUGUAUAUUAAUGCAAUCCCGCAGGAAGAAAUAUAUGGCAUUAAUUUCAGGCAUUUGUUAAUUCUUGUACCAGUUGUUAUCGCGUUAGGUAUUUGGACGGUUGGAAACGUUGGUAGAGAGCGGGGUUCGAUAUGGGCGGCACUUAUCGUCGCUUACCUGCUGUAUCCCACCUUGUAUUACAUCGGCGAUGAUACCAUGUGGCUCUUCUUGAUGAUAGUCGCCUCAAGUCUGAGUUUCGACACUUUUAGCAAACAAUGGCGAUUGAAGCCAAAAAAGAAAAAAAGUUUUAUGAAACGAAUGACAAGUUUAGCUUUAGCGCUUACGCUUUACUUUGCCGUAAUCUGCAGUUAUUUGUAUUUCAAUGCGGUUGUCACGGAUAGCGAAGGUGAGGAAAUCAAGUUGUCGGAAGCGAUUCAGCAUUUCCUCACUUCGCCUAUAUGGACGGAUCUCAAGGCAAGUCUGGAAGCUACGUGGAAUCAGGCAAAACACCAAGGCUUCUGGGCAACUUGGGCGGCAUUGGUGGAUCUUACAGAUCCACGAGGUGAAAUAAACGCUUAUAAGGUUUUGGAUCUCUCGCAAACCGCAUCGCAAAAUGAAGUCACGGCACGAUGGAGAAUUUUAUCUAGAGACAAUCAUCCUGAUAAAGUUAAAGGAUCGGAAGAGGAGAGACGUAAAGCUCAGGAAAAAUUCAUGGAGAUUCAGCAGGCGUACGAAAUUCUGUCGCAAGCCAAGAAUCGCAGGAAACGACGGAAUCGUCGUUCCGACGAAUAAGCCGUGUCCACUUUUGACUCGAAAAACAAUAAAAGACAAAAAGAUC